ACCAAAUUAUCUCAUUCAUCACAGCGAUCAAAUCGAAAGGUGCUCAAAAUCAAGGUCGCAAAGAUGAUGCACAUGACCUUCUACUGGGGUAUCAAAGCCACAAUUCUCUUCAGUUUCUGGAAAACAGACUCAUGGCUCAGUUACAUCCUCACUCUGAUCGCCUGCUUCGUCUUCUCAGCUUUCUACCAAUACCUCGAGAACCGCCGCGUCCAAUUCAAAUCCCUUUCCACCACCCGUCAUCCUCCGCCGCCUCGCUCUUCCUCCGGCGUCUCCGCUCCUCUUAUCCCCAAAUCCGGUACCAGAUCCGCCGCUAAAGCUGCCUCCAUUCUUCUCUUCGGCGUCAACGCUGCGAUCGGUUACUUGCUGAUGCUUGCGGCUAUGUCUUUCAACGGAGGCGUGUUCAUCGCGAUUGUCGUCGGGUUAACCGUCGGUUACGCCGUUUUCAGAUCUGAUGACGGCGGUGCUGAUGCCGCGACUGAUGAUCCAUGUCCAUGUGCUUAAUUGGUGAGAAUCCCUGAAUCGGAAAAGAGGUGUGUUUCAUGUGAUGUGUUUGUUACAGUUUGUUGUGUUGUUCAUUUCUGUAUAAUCAAUUAGUUUUCUUUGUAACUCCAUCUAAAUUGCGAAUUUGAAUGUUAAAAUCUUUAUGAUUAAGCAAAUCCCAAACUCUGUUACUUAA